AUGUUAUCUGUUUGGAAUCCCAGUUAUAGGGUAUUUUCUUUCAAUGAUGUCGACACGACACCUAUGGUAAAAGAAUAUCAGACACUGUUGGAAAUCCCUUAUGUAGCCCAGAAUCGUAUUUAUCUCUACCUUGAUCACAGAAAAACAUGGAAACGGUUCACGCACAUAAUAGGAGUCCCAGUAGAGGAAGCUAGGGUAAAAGAAACUGUUAAGGGAAACUCGCAUGGGUGGCCUUGGGUCUACAUUAAGAAGCAAUUGGACCAGCAUAUUCGGAGUGAGAAAUGGGAUAAGGCUCUGUCAGUUUCAACUCUGGGGAUUUAUGGACUAGUUUUAUUCCCCGGACCUCUGGGAAUUGUCACCCAUAAUGUCACGAAAUUAUUUUGGGCGGUGGAGAAACAGAAUGUCAAUCCAAUACCUGCUAUUCUUACCGAGACUUUCUUGACCUUGAUGUAUUGCCGUCAUCAGGGUAAGGGAAUCAUUAAGUGCUGCAUUCCGCUGCUGUAUCUUUGGAUCCUCAGUCAUAUCUGUCCACUAGAAACUAAGGGUCUGACAUGGUACUCUGACCAACCCAUUAUUGAAAAGAUGGUGAAGCUAGUGAUUACUCGAAGGGAUGAACGACAAUGGCAAGAGCAGAUUCUGAAUUUUAGUAGUCACAAUUACUAUUGGAGGAAGUUGUGGACUACGGGUCAACCCAUCUUGAUCAGCAUGGGAGGUCAUCAUUUUGUACCGUUGAUAGGGCUGACCGGAUGCACAAGCUACAUCCUAGCUAUGAUAAUGAGGCAAUUCAGCUCGACUCAAUUUGUUCCUAAUACUAAAGGAUUCUAUCAAACUCAUUUCUAUCAUGAACCAUGCAGAGAAGAUGAAUUGAAGGCUUUGCGCAAAUCUUGGGAAGAGGUGACCUUGAUGGAACGGUCACCUAAAGGGCUAAGUGUAAUUGAGGAAUAUUCCUUAUGGAGAAACAGGAGAGAUAAGGAAUAUCAAAUCUCCAAAUUAACAAGGUCCGAGGAAAGUAUAUCUCGCCAAGAAGUCUGUUUGGAAAGAGGUGAUAUCGGGUCAAGUAGCCCUCUUUGA